AUGGCCAUCGAUCGUGCAGUAUGCAAGAACCAUAUAGGGACCAAACGGGAAAGAAAUUAUGCUCUUCUCCGGACCCCGCAUGCAAUCCCGAUUAGAUUGAACCCCGACUCAACAAAACCUGCCAUAUAUACCACUGUCGGUAAAUUUGCAAACUGUCGAAUCUCGCUAUCAGGGUACGGGAAUUUCAAAACAUUGGGUCGCGGAUUGCCCUUAUAUAGAGAGAGUGUACCUACAUGGAAAUUAGGGUUAGGGUUAUUUCGGUCCAAUAAUGGAUAG